AUGGCUAACUCAAUAUUUUAUCCAGAAAAAUAUUAUAUAGAGCCUAUAACUAGCCAAGAUGCUAGUAUAAGUGACUUAUCACAGAUUUCUGAUAUAUCUACAUCAAACCUUAAACAGAGCCUGACAACUGACUUAUGUACAGGAAUAAAUUCCUUCUCAUAUUUAUCAAUAACAAUACAUUAUAUUGAUAAUGAUUGGAAAUUUGUGAAUCUCAUACUUGAUUUCAUUGAAUUACCUCACCCACAUACGGGGGCAGGAAUAUCAGAAUCUAUCCAAGCUUCUCUCGAAUCUUUCAAAAUUCAUGAUAAAGUUAUGGCGGUUACUCAUGAUAAUUCUAAAAACAUGAUAGCAGCAUUGCGCAUAUUGAGUCAAACUUACACAGAAUUAUAUGGUUUAUCUUUGUAUAACCAUAGGUGUCUUGCUCACAUAAUAAAUAUUAUUGUUGAUGAGGGAAUGAUUGUUUUGAAUGAUAAAUUACAAAAAAUAAAUAAAUUUGUCAAGAAAUUGCACACAUCACCAAAAUACAUGAAAGAAUUUUUAGACAUAACUGGCGGUAUACGCAUACCACUUGAUGUCGUGACUAGAUGGAAUUCUAAAUUUUUGAUGAUAUCCUCUAUUAACAAAAAUUUAGAUGCAGUCAAUAAAUUGGGGAAAAAAGGGAGCCACCAAGAUGGCCAAUUAUUUAUAAAUAAUGAAGAAUCAAUUUUUUUUAAAGAUGUAGAGGAUUUUUUAAAACACUUUUACAAGAUUACUUUAGAAGCUUCGUCAGCUACAAAUACAACCAUUGGCUCAUCUGUAUUAUUCAUAAACUGCAUUGAAAAUAUUUUAAAUCAUUAUAUUACUGGUGAUACCGUAUUGAAAAAUACAGCGGAGUCAUCAGCCUCUGAAAAUGAUAUAUUGGAUAUUGAGGCAUUACCAUUUUCUGUAAGCAUGCAUAACAGUCUAAGAAAGGGUGCGUUACAAUUAAAUUAUCCAUUGAAGGACGAAAUAUCGCUUUAUUUAAAAGAAGAUGUAGCAAGUCUAACAACAAAUGUAUUAGAAUGGUGGUCGAAUAAUAACAAUUCAUAUCCUAAUUUAUCUUUAAUGGCUAAAGAUUUCUUAGCUCAACAAACUACGAGUGUUGCUAGCGAAAGAAUCUAUAGCAAGGCAGUGGAACGUAUAACCAAAAAGAGAAAUAAAAUGUCGUCCACAAUACCUUUUCCUAAACUGAGAUUUUAUAUAAAUAAAUUUAUAUUUAAAGAGAAAUGA